GGGGGGGGCGGAGAAAGGAGAGUCUCUUUUAAGCUGUGGUGUUGCCAGAAUGAUUCUUUGAUGGAAAUGAUGAUGGGACACACUCUAUUCACACAAUUACAUGAACAACUCUUAGUUGCAUUUUUAGGGUUUCAAUUAACUCUUUCGAUUCUUCCUUCUCCUUUUCUUGUUUCUGGACGCGGGAAAACUCUCUAAAACAUGUUGUUUUGACUUCAAUACAUAUAACAAAGAAAAGCAGUUACCUUCAAAGCAUAUUGAGCUACGUCUAUCAUCUGUACAAGAAGCAUGAAUUCCCCAUCUACGCAGUUUGUCUCCUCCGGAAGGAUGGGCAUAUACGAGCCUAUCCACCAAAUUGGCAUGUGGGGAGAACCCUUUAAGAGUAAUGGAAUUCCAAAUGCAUCCACAUCAAUGUUUGUAGCUGGCGAUCCAAAUUCAUCUCAAUCGAUAAUUAUAGCAGUGGACACAAAACUAGACAAUCAGUCAGAAGAUACUUCACAGAAUACUCUUGGACCGUCUAGCAAAUACGAUCAAGAAGCAACUAAACCCAUCGAUAAGGUACAAAGACGUCUUGCACAAAAUCGUGAGGCUGCUCGUAAAAGUCGUUUGCGGAAAAAGGCGUACGUUCAGCAGUUAGAAUCAAGUCGUCUGAAGCUUAUUCAAAUAGAGCAGGAACUUGAAAGGGCCAGGCAACAGGGUCUAUACAUAGGCGGUGGAGUAGAAACUAGUCAUCUGGGGUUUGCUGGACCAAAUAACUCAGGGAUUGCCACUUUUGAGAUGGAAUAUGGACACUGGCUGGAAGAACAAAAUAGACAAAUUGGCGAUCUGAGGACUGCUUUGAAUGCCCAUAUAAGUGAUAUUGAACUGCGCAUACUUGUAGAAAGUGGAAUUAAUCACUAUUCUGAACUUUUUCGCAUGAAAGCAACUGCUGCAAAAGCUGAUGUUUUCUAUCUGAUGUCUGGGAUGUGGAAAUCAUCAGCAGAGAGGUUUUUCUUGUGGAUAGGAGGAUUUCGCCCUUCAGAGCUUCUUAAGUUUAAAUUACAGAUUCUCAAGCCUCAGCUUGAGCCCUUGACAGACCAACAACUUUUGGAUGUCUGCAAUCUUAAACAAUCAUGUCAGCAAGCGGAAGAUGCUCUUUCACAAGGUAUGGAGAAACUCCAGCAAACUUUAGCUGAGGCUGUAGCGGCUGGUCGAUUGGGUGAAGCCAGUCAUUUGCCACAAAUGGAUACAGCAAUGGAGAAGCUGGAAGGUCUGGUCCGCUUUGUACAGCAGGCUGAUCAUCUUCGCCAGAUAGCUCUGCAACAGAUGUUGCUGAUCUUAACAACACGUCAGGCAGCUCGAGGUCUGCUUGCCUUGGGGGAGUACUUCCAACGACUACGAGCUUUGAGUUCGCUUUGGGUGACUCGUCCUCGUGAGCCUGCCUAGUAUUUCAUUAGAAGGAUCAUAGCAAGUGAAAAAUCUCAUUGAGAUAGUCAUCAACAGAGCCAUACUCUGGCAGCCCAAGGUGCGCCAUUUGGUAAUGAUGUUGUAAACUAAUAUAGACAUAAUUCAAGCUGCUGACAUUUUUCCAACAGCAAAUUCCACAAUUGAGAAGUAAAUGUAAGUAGCCAUUUUAUCAGAGAGCAAGUCCGUAGUUAAAUCAAUUUUCAAUGUUUUCACUGCCCUGAGUGUUGAAUGCUGUAUUGUCUUCAAAGGAUAUAUUUUGUCAAGUCUGCUACUAGAAUGCUUAUCAUGUAAAUUUUUGCAGAAUUGGUCUUUUUGUGUAUCUGGAAAUUGAGCAUCUCUUGUAAAUAACAUAGUAGUGAUAAUUGUUUGAUAUGUAUAUAGUUUUCUUUUUGUGCUUUGAAA